AUUACUGCAGGAGAAACAACUGACAUAAAGAUGGAGAUGGAGGAAGAACCCUGCAGAAUAAAAGAUGAAGAGACAGAGGAACUAACAGUGGUGGUGCUCGAGCUCUGGAAACAAUGACAAACAUCCGAGUCCACGAGAAGAAGAAGAAGAACAUAAACAUAACAAGUGAAACAGCCGUUCAUAAUGCUCUGAAUCUGCUGUUUCUAUCACACUCUUUAUUGUAGACAUUUCCUCGAGCGAGAAUGACGUCGACUGAAACUUUCUGUCAUACACCACGCCCACCAAAAGGGUAGCCUUGGUAGUGGAAACACAAGCCUGAUAAAUGUGACCCGUACCAAACCGAACCGUACUGUACCAGUCAGUGGAAACGAGCCAUAUGGCACAGCUGAAGAAGACGCAAACAGGAGGAAUUACAGCAGGAGAAACAACUGACAUAGUAAAGAUGGAGAUUGAGGAAGAACCCUGCAGAAUAAAAGAGGAAGAGAUGGACAAACAAAUAGAUGCAGAUGAAAAUGCAGUCAGCUCACAGACUGAAGAAACCUUCAGACCAAAACAAGCUGGAAAAACUGUCGUCAAAGGAUCUUUCAUCUGCUUUGAGUGUGGAAAGACUUACAGAAGCAAAGACAGUCUUUCCAGACACACACGAUUUCACACUGGACAAGACCUGCUCACGUGCACUCAAUGUGGAAAGGAUUUUGUUCAGAAAGGACAGCUUGAUAAACACAUGAGGAUUCACACUGGAGAAAGACCGUAUGCGUGCACUCAAUGUGGAAAGAGUUACAACGAUGCCGCAACACUGAAAAUGCACACGAAGACGCACAGUGGAGAGAAACCGUUUACAUGCCUUCAGUGUGGAAAGAGUUUCAUAUAUAAGAAGACUCUAAAGGAUCAUCAGCUCUCUCACAAUGCAGUAAAGCCAUUCAGCUGUGAUCAGUGCUGUAAAACGUUUACAUUAGAAAAAUACUUAAGGCAACAUCUUCAUGUGCAUGUUUCCGUGAAGCCUUACGUUUGCUUCUGUGGAAAAAGUUAUACAACAAUGAACAUGUUAAAUGAGCACCAGAGGGUCCACACUGGAGAGAAACUGUAUCAGUGUUCACACUGUGCGAAGAAUUUCACUUACGCAAACUCCUUGAAAGUUCACCAGAGGAUUCACACUGGAGAAAAGCCCUAUCGGUGCUCUUCAUGCGGGAAGAGUUUCACUCAGUUAGCAAGCUUGAAAGCUCAUGAGAGGAUUCACACUGGAGUCAAACCCUAUGUGUGUUCAGACUGCGGGAAGAGCUUUAGUACAUCGAGCAGUUUAACUGCACACCGGAGGAUUCACACCGGAGAGAAACCGUAUCAGUGUUCACACUGUGACAAGAGUUUCCAUCGGACGGGAGGCCUGAAAGAUCAUCAGAAAGUUCACACUGGAGAAAAACCACACCAGUGCUCCUCUUGUGGAAAGAGUUUCACUCAAAUGUCUAAUCUGCGGGUUCAUAUUGAAAAAAUUCACGGCCCAAAGAUGCUUGACUAUUAAAUAUUUAAUCAUGUAAAAAAAUGUAAUCUGAAUCAAAUUGACCCUUCGCUAAAACCGCCACAGACCAAUCGUGGCUUAGCAACUGUAGCUACAUACAGGAGGUCUGUCAAGCUUUCGAGCGAGGGAAACAAGCCAAAGCGUUGUUCAAAUUGAUUGUGCAAAUCUGAUACCCAGUAUCCGAAAAGUUUGGACAGGGCGGUGGAGUUUUAUUCCCUUUCCAAAACCUAAAACCCAAGGUGAGAAAUCCCAGCGUGGAUCAAGCUGUGUGAGGGGCUGUAAACGCAGCCCAAUCCAGUCAUGUUUCCAUCGGUUUAAAGCUACGAAUAUUUGGAUCACAUAUCAACAGAACAAAAUGGAGAUAUGAUCCCAAACUGAGCACUUGCAAUCAAUAUACUUCACCCGCAGCUGUUUUUCAGUCAUUCAUAACCCUCAUGUCCAUGUCAGAGCUGCAAUUCAUCAAUGUUUUUGUCUGUCUUUUAGUGUCUGAUUAAUAUUUGCUGGUAGGGAUAUUCUGUUCACUUCUGCUAUUUAUA